AUGGUGUCUCAAAAAAAUCUAGUAUCAUGGGUUGCUUCGUUUAUGACAUUCCUCAUUACCAAGUCACCAACAGCCUAUGCAGAAAAAGAUCAUUCUUUAGCAACAACACGGGCUCCAGCACCAAGUGAAUCAUCCAAAUUUGCUAUGGAGUUCUGCAACAAAAUAAGUUCUAAAGAAGGCCGGGAAUUUUGCAUGAGAGUUCUGGCGUCAAAUCCCAGGAGUGCCUCGGCAAAAGGUUUUGUUGAUCUCCUACAUAUUUCGAUAGAUAUAACAGUGAGAUAUGCAAACAUUACCAAAGAGUACAUGGCAUCUUUGUUGAAUAGUAAUACAGCAAAAGGAGAAUUUCUUCCGGCUCUCAAACAAUGCAUUUCUGACUAUGAUGCGGGCAUACGUGAGUUGCUGCUUAUAACUAAGGAUAUGGUGGAUGAUCCUGCACUGGCAAGUUAUGAUGCUGUUGUGGCUUCUGACCAGUUAGGCUAUUGUGAGGAAGCUUUGAAAUCUGAUAAUGUUGUCGAUCGCUCAAUUUUAUCCAAACAUAAAAUUGCCAAAGCAAGUGUUUUGCUUUGUGUGGACGUUGCGAAUCAUAUUAAUUAA